AAGCGCUCAUCUGCGACCUUGUGCAUGUCCUAAGAAGCAUGCGUAACUAGCUUUCUUACUGCAUGGCUCACGCGAAUUCCCUGAUACCCCAGAUCACUCUGCGCUCCACUCGUCCAUUCGGAGCGAAACGUGCGACAUAUAAAAGUGCAUUUCAUUAAGGGGGAGGAACCUCUGACGUUGCUCCCGCUUCGCUUUGUUGCUCUUGGUGUACCUAGUCAAGAUGGUUUGCACUCUCAAGACGCUCCUACCUUCAUUGGUCAGCCUUGCCGUAGCUCUCGGCACCCAUCAAGUCGCUGCAUACACCAAUUCUGCUGCCAAUAACCUUGCUGUCUACUGGGGACAGAACUCUUACGGCGCUGCAAACCCUUCCGAUACCGCUGGGUUCCAGAAACCAAUUGGUGCUUACUGCCAGGAUAGCACCAUCGAUGCUAUUCCUAUUGCUUUCCUCGAUGUGUUCUUCGGAACGGGUGGUCUCCCUUCCCUGAAUUUGGCAAACAGCUGCAACCCAACGGACAAUGCCACAUUCGCAGGUAGCGAGCUGCCAAACUGCUCCGCUCUUGCGGCAGACAUCCAGACUUGCCAGGCUGCAGGCAAGAUCGUCACGCUAUCGCUCGGUGGCGCAACUGGUGCCAACGGUUUCACCUCGGACGCGCAAGCCCAGACGUUUGCAGACCAAAUCUGGGACUUGUUCCUUGGAGGUAACGGUACUACCAGGCCUUUCGGUGCUGCCGUCCUCGAUGGUGUCGACCUUGACAUCGAAGGAGGCUCGUCUACUGGAUAUGCUGCAUUUGUCACCCAAAUCAGGUCUCACGCCACGGGCGCUAGCAAGCCAUACUAUGUCACCGGCGCUCCCCAGUGCCCCUUCCCGGAUGCUUACCUUGGAUCUGUCAUCGAUGCCGUCGGAUUCGAUGCGCUCUACGUGCAGUUCUAUAACAACUACUGCGGUGUUAACAACUAUGGGACUCCUAGCGACUGGGACUUUGGCCUUUGGGACUCCUGGGCCAAGACCUCUCCUAACCCCGACAUCAAGAUCUACAUCGGUGCACCCGCCUCCACGAGCGCAGCUACCUCAGGCUACGUUGACGCCGCUACUCUCGGUUCCAUCGCCACAGCUACAGCUGCCAACUACACAUCGUUCGGAGGUAUAAUGCUUUGGGAUGCCUCGCAGGCUGCAGCGAACGGCAACUACGCUCAAGCUAUUAAAGGCGAGAUUAGCUCCUUGACCACCACUGUGGGUGGGCUUUCCAAGUCUACUCGUGAGGAACGCCCCAAGAGGUCCUCCCGCUUCUUCAAGCUGUGAUCCCCUCACGUAUGAAUGACCCAUGUCAUGACAAACCCUUAUUAUGCCUUCUGACCACAUACCCAUGGGAUGCAUAGGCUGGUUUUUCAUUCGAGGUCGAAGACUGGUGGAACCGGCCUUCGCUGACGGAGUAUUUAUGAAAUGAAAAAAAUGGGUAGACAUGACACGUAGACGUUACAUUCACGGCUUUAAAUUAUUAUCUAAAUCGGUAUUUUUGUUAUCUCCAAACAUGAGCGAAUGAGAGAUAGUUUCAAAGUGACGAUAUUCGGAGCUAAAUGAUACGAUGCUCCUGCCUAUAUAGAUAAACGAGCAUAUACGACACCGUUCAUCGUCAGAUUUUCUGUUCACAAAGUGACGGAAUACGCCAACGAGUAGCGCUGGAAUGUGGCAUGGGAAGGACCGUAGAAGGCGCCAAGUAGAAUCAGCUAGUGAGCUCAUCGUCGUGGGUAUCAUUCCGAUGCAUGACGGAGGAUUACAUGUCGAUUUAGUCGAGAAACGGUUUACCUCAAGCUGGGUAAUGACGCUGGUUACUGGGAUGGGAUGGAUAUGCCCUAUUACGCCAGCUAGUUCGCCUCUGCUGUGAUCCUGGAUUGGCAGAUUGAUCUGUAGAAGGUUCAUCUUCUGCCACUGCCACUGAUCUUCGAUUGGCUGGCGCUACAUAUGGACGCGGGGGAUAGUUACUCCUAUAGCGAACUUGGCCAACUCUCUGGCCAGCGGUUCCUCCCUGUGCGGCUACACCCCUCCAAACCGGAGGUCUAGGCUCAUGUACUGGCCUAUUCCUCGCUCCUUGAACAUAGUUAGACGCGUAGGUAGAGGCAGAGACGGUAGGCGCGGUGACAGUCGUCGUGACAUUGUUUGCCUUGGGUAUUUUUGGCUUCUUGGACUCCUUUCGUUCUCUGGGGGGCGGUGGUGGUCCUGGAUCAUAGAAAGGGUUUUCUGCUUGCCACAUUUUGAAUCCGUCAAGGUCGCGUAGCGCUCCAUUUAUUAUACUGAAAGAGUAAUAUCUCACACUAGGUAUAUUUUCCAUCAUGUGGGCCAUGG